CUAAAACCUUCCUUUCAGCGUUGGGCUGUGCAGAUAGAGGGAGUCUAUAAUAAAUAGUGCAUUGCUAAGAAAAGAAUGUCUCGUAGUGCAAGCCGGGCGAACGUAUUUACUGUUUUAGAGAAGGUGGGGAAGGGUUCGUUUGGCGAUGUUUAUAAGGCUUUAAAAAAUGAUACUAAAGAAGUGGUGGCUAUAAAAAUGCUUAAUCUUGAGGAAUCGGAAGAAGAUAUAGCCGAUAUACAGCAAGAAAUACAGAUUUUAUCUCGGAGUGUUUGCCCAAAUGUGACAAAGUACUAUUGCUCUUGCCUAAACGGCCAUCAAUUGUGGAUAGUAAUGGAAUAUUGCGGCGGUGGCUCUUGCUUGGAUCUGUUGAACGAGCACACCUUAAAAGAAGUACAUAUCGCCGUCAUAUUGCGAGAAGUCUUAAAAGGUUUAAUAUAUUUACACGGUGAAGGAAUAGUUCAUCGAGAUAUUAAAGCAGCCAAUAUUUUGUUAACUUUGAACGGAAAUGUCAAAUUAGGAGAUUUUGGUGUUGCAGGGCAUCUUAAUAGUUGUAAGACUGAUAAGGACGCUUUUGUGGGAAGCCCCUUUUGGAUGGCUCCAGAA